CACCAUCCAAGAUGGUGGACGAAUAACAUAAAAAAUUGUAUAAAAUGUCACUGCCCUUUUCUAGAAAUAUUGCAAGAUGUAAAUUGUUUUUCCGUGUGAAGCAAAUAUUUGCAAAUGCUACCGAAGUCGCUAUAAGAGCAAGAACUACCAUAUCAAAGGAUGCUACCCUAUAUUAUUAUGACAGGAGAAAGUUUUUUCGUCUUGUUGGAUUGGCAUCUUGUAGUCAAAGCGUAUUUUGGAUCUACCUUGCGUACUUUCAAUACACGACCAGGCCACAGAUAAUGGCUGGAAUGGCAGAGAGAGAGAAAAUGAUGAGCUCAGAAAGAUCCGAGAGUAAAAUAUGGAAAGUCGUACAAUUAAUAGAACAAAGUCCUGUAUUCCUGUCUGUAUUUGCUGUUUCAGUAGGAAUGUUUUUAUCUGCCACAGGAUGGAUCUACUGUUUAAGGAAUGUCAACUCAAUCGUACUUACAAAAGGUGGUGAAAUGUUGAAGAUCACCACCCAUACACCACUUGGAGGGACAAGGUCAAUAACCACACCCAUUCGGCAUGUGUCUAGUAUUGCUUCAAGACUAGAUAACAAGAGUCAAAUCCCAUUCAAGAUCAAAGGACACAAAUUUUUCUUUAUUAUAGACAAGGAAGGACAGUUUCUUCAGCCAACACUGUUUGACAAUACAGUCUGUGUAAACAGACACUUAUGAAUGAAUAUUAUUUAAAUUUCACACACAAGUUUAAAGAAAAAUUAAAAGAUAUCCAUUAAUUGUCUA